AUGGCCGGCGAGAAGCAGAUACGAUGCCUGUUCCUUAUACGGAAUAAGGCGAAGACGGUCGAGGAUCUAGAGGAGAUUAAGCGCCUUAAGGCUGCUUGUGAGGCUGGGGAUGCCGUUAACCCUAAGGAUGAGGGUCCUAUAGAUGUGGGUUCUCCUAGGGCUGGUUCUACUGCGCCUCCUAAGAUGUUAGAGCUGGUGGAUUUCGCGCGGAUGCCUGCCUUCUAG